GAACCAGCGGCAAUCGCAGCCGUCCGAUAACGAUCAGACGAUUGGAGAGCUUCGUGGAGCGGUGGACUCUAACCUAGCUUCAUUGUGCGAUCACAUUCAGAUCGAGGGAUUCAAUAAUGGGGCUUUCUCUGAUGUUGUGGUCGAGGCCAUGGGGUCCACUUACCAUCUUCAUCGCCUAAUUCUCUCUCGUAGUUCCUACUUUAGGAACAUGCUUCAUGGUCCUUGGAAGGAGGCUGGAGCGCCAACUGUGGUCUUGCAUAUAGAUGAUACCAAUGUCAACUCGGAGUCAAUUGCAGCAGCUUUAGCGUACCUUUAUGGUCACCAUCCUAAACUUAAUGACGAUAAUGCCUUUCGUGUCCUUGCUGCAGCAUCCUUUCUUGACCUUCAGGAUCUAUGUGCAAUCUGCACAGAUUUCAUUAUUUCUGAACUGUGGACCUCAAACUUCUUAGCCUAUCAGGUAUUUGCAGAGGGCCAAGACUAUGGAAUACAUGGAGAACGGGUCAGAAAUGCUUGCUGGGGCUACCUUUGUCAAAGUGGCACAACUGAAUUAAGGGAGGUGCUGCCGAAACUUUCAUCUCAAACUUUGCAUGCUCUGCUCACUUCUGAUGAACUCUGGGUACUUAACGAGGAGAAACGGUUUGAACUGGCUUUGUACACACUACUUGCAAAAUGUUCAACUUCUGAGUCAAAUCAUGCUGAACGUGAAAGCUCUAGUUCUAAAAUGGGAAUGACCACUGCAGAGUCAUGUAUACCAAAAGAGAAGAACUUGACUGAUGACCGGGGUAAGCAUCUGAUGGAGUCAGAACUACAACGAUUGGGCAUACAAUACAAUGUGGAAGGACAUAAAACAGCUCAUAAUAUUCUAAUUGAGCUUGCAGAUUGUGUGGUAGACUUCCAUGCUGAUGAGCCUUAUUCUAAGUCGGUAUCCUCUCGACAGCCAACUUACUCUCAGCCGGUGCUGGAUUCAAGAUAUUCCUCCAAGACAGAGCAACCUGCAAUAGAUUCAUAUGCAUCUAGAUCAUCUUGCUCUUUCAUUGAUAUGCGUAACAGUAUUGACAGAAUGGGGGGAAAUGAAGGUGCUAUGGAAGGACCGUCGGGAGAGAGCAACUGUUACCAACUUAAUAAUAAUAGCUGGUUUCCCAGGGAUCAGUCAAGUGACUGCUCCUCCUCUAGUGGGGCAAUUUCUACUGAUUGGGGAAGAUGCAGUGUGCCUCCUCUUUGGGGAGGUAGAAUCGUAGGCAAGAGACAGGUCAAAAGUGCCAAGGGAUAUUGGGGCAUACAAGGUGAAGAAUACGACUCAUUUAUCAAUGUCUUUGAAGGUGGUUCCCUUCUUUACUGUAACAUGUCUUUCGAAGCACUGUUGAAUGUUCGAAAGCAACUGGAAGAAUUGGGCUUUCCAUGCAAAGCUGUGAAUGAUGGCCUCUGGCUACAGAUGCUUCUGUGUCAAAGAGUGCAAGCAGUGGCAGCUGAGACCUGCAAAAGUUGCUGCCUCACAACAUGUGCCUGUAGACAGUCUUAUGGGUAUUCUGCUCAAGGGGGUGGGCCCAUAGGUUGUUACAGGCAAGAGCAUGACAGGAACAUCACUGGCAAUAUGGGGAAUGUCUACUUAGCUGAUCCUCAGGGCGAAGGAAAUGGUUUAUUUGGACCUGUACGGGUUCAUGUAAGGGGGCCUAUCGAUGGGCUUGCUGGUAUUGGCCGAGGAAACACACAUGUGUCUGGUGCUGCUUGGCCUCCAACACGGUAUGUUUUCUCUCGUGUACCUCUUGGACUUGGCAACCGAAAUUGCCAGCAAUCACUUGCUAAUGAUGAACCAGAAGCCAGAGUUGAUCUUAAUGGUGACCUAUCAGGAGAUGGAUUGACAGCUUUAGUUAAUCUUAGCCAAGGGAACAGUGUUCAAGUUAACACAGAGCAAACUGACAGAGUAUAUGAACAAGAUACACACGGUCGGUUUGCUGGGGUUGCAUCCAUUUCAAAUGCUAGUGGGAUCCCUGUGCAAAUGUUAGAAACACAGGACCACGCCCUUGGAUUAGAGUGGGAAGGUUCCGACAGUUCGUCUAUAUCACUGGAUUUGAAAACUCCACUUCGGCAUUUUCCUCCGUUUCGUUUUGGGGUAGAAUUCGAAGAUGUGCACCGGCUUAAUGACGGCCAAGUGAAGCAUUCCCCUGAAGUAUUUUAUGCCGGAUCUUUGUGGAAGGUAAGCGUUCAAGCUUUUAAUGAUGAGGACCCUCAAGGACGUCGUACGCUUGGUUUAUUUCUCCAUAGGCGCAAAGCAGAGAUGACAGAUUCAUCGAGAAAGAUUCACAUGUAUGUCGAUACUCGGGAGAAAGUGACAGCUCGCUAUCAGUUGAUUUGCCCAUCAAAGAGGGAAGUUAUGGUGUUUGGGAGUUUUAAGCAGGCGGGGACACAGUUGCCUAAAGCUCCAAAAGGAUGGGGUUGGCGCACUGCAUUGUUGUUUGAUGAGCUUGGAGAUCUCCUCCAAGGUGGAACUCUGAGGAUCGCAGCUGUUGUCCAGCUUGUUUAAAGCUAAUUAUAAAUUUUACUUUAUGUGCAUAAUUACGAGGAUACACCGGUGAAAAUAUAAAAAUAAGGGUGGUUGUUUUGUUUGUACCGGGCAUAAAUACCAAAAUUUGAAGGUAAUGACUGCUAAGUUGCUUGGCCUGCUAAGAUGCGUCUGUUUAA